AUGCAUCUCAUUAAUGUCCAUACCCGGUUACUGGAGGAAUUCCAUGCCGAUAAACCGAAGUAUGCCAUUUUAUCACAUACUUGGGGACCAGACAAAGAGGAGAUAACUUUCCGCGAAAUCAAGCAGGGCGACACAAACAAGCCAGGAAUCGGAUCCGUCAAGCUUGAAGGUUGCCUGCGACAAGCCAAAACCGAUGGACUCGACUAUGUAUGGAUUGAUACUUGCUGUAUCGACAAGACCAAUGCCAACGAGUUGGGCGAGGCGAUCAAUUCCAUGUUCCGCUGGUACCAGGAAGCAAAAACAUGUUAUACGUUCCUCCAAGAUGUGCCUUCGAAGGACAACCCCAAGUGGAAAUCGAAGUUUCGAAAAAGUCGUUGGUUCACGAGAGGGUGGACCUUACAAGAGCUGCUAGCCCCGAGCGAGCUCAUGUUUUACAGUAGCGACUGGCAAGCUUUGGGUACAAAGCUGGAACUGUCAGAAGUCGUAGGAGGCAUAACAGGCAUCCCAGCACGAUUUUUGCUGGGUGCUUCGAACCUACGCGAAGCAAGCGUGGCACAACGCAUGUCUUGGGCUUCGAAUCGAGAGACCAAAAGGGUAGAAGACAUUGCGUAUUCGCUUUUGGGUAUCUUCAAUGUUGUCAUGUCACUGAUAUAUGGGGAAGGCGAUGGCGCUUUCAUCCGACUCCAAGAUACGAUAAUCAAUGCCACCACGGACGAUUCGAUCUUGGCAUGGGGCUUAAGGCCACAAAUAGGUGUGGUAGAUUCUAGAAAUCGCCCCAGGGAUCUGGUUGGGGGUAUUCUAGCCCCUUCUCCUGCAGCAUUUGCAGGCUGCGGGAACGUCACAUCCAGGGAAAACCACACUCCGACAAUAGAGGGGAACAUUUUACGCGGUUACCUCAAAUUGCGAAUACGACUUCAUUCUGAUCGUUCCGGGGUCACAUAUGGCCUUCUCAGCUGU